UUCUGUUUUUUUUCUUUCUCUCAAUACAGAGUGCAGCAAUGGAGGAGACCGUGAUAUGGGAACAGCACACUGUAACUCUACACAGGGCUCCGGGGUUUGGCUUCGGGAUCGCUAUCUCAGGCGGGAGGGAUAACCCUCACUUUCAGAGCGGGGAGACGUCCAUCGUCAUUUCGGAUGUGCUGAAGGGAGGCCCAGCUGAGGGCCUGCUGCAGGAGAAUGACAGAGUGGUGAUGGUCAACGCCGUCUCCAUGGAUAACGUGGAUCAUGCGUAUGCAGUGCAGCAACUUCGGAAAAGUGGGAAGAAUGCAAAAAUAACCAUCAGGAGAAAGAGGAAGGUGCAGAUCCCCAUGGGGCGGCCGGGUGAACGCGAGACCAUGUCUGAGCACGACGAGGACGACGACAGCUAUGAAGACGAGAUCUACGAGUCCCGGAGCGCACGGAGCGGGCCGAGUGCCUACAGCGGGGGCGGAGCCACGGGCCGGAGGAGCAGCAGGGGUGACCGGCUGGGCGGGAGGAGGGACCGAGACAGAGAGCGCAGCGGCUCCAGAGAGAGGAGUCAGUCCCCACGCUCGGACCGCCACUCUGUGUCCUCCAACCUCCCCCCACGCCCAGCCAAGGUCACCCUCAUCAAGUCCCGCAAGAACGAAGAAUACGGGCUUCGCCUGGCCAGCCACAUCUUCGUAAAGGACAUUUCCCCCGAGAGCCUGGCAGCCCGAGACGGAAACAUACAGGAGGGAGACGUAGUGCUCAAGAUUAAUGGCACGGUGACUGAGAAUCUGUCCCUGAUCGAUGCUAAGAAGCUGAUCGAGAGGUCAAAGGGCAAGCUGAAGAUGGUGGUGCAGAGAGACGAGAGGGCGACCCUGCUCAAUAUCCCAGACAUGGAUGACAGCAUACCUUCAGCCAAUGCCUCUGACAGAGAUGAAAUUUCAGACAUCCACUCCGUGGCCUCCGAUCAUUCCAACCGAUCCCACGAGCGGAAGAGGAGCAGCCGCUCUCGUUCUCCGGACCGCCGCUCCGAGCCCUCGGACCACUCCAGACAUUCUCCACCACAGAUCAGCAACGGCAGGGCCGCAGGGCCGACGGCUCAGAGAACCCGGCCAGUUCACCGAAGCCGUGAUGAAGAAAGGGUCUCAAAGGCUGGGCCACUUCCCGUACCCACUAAGAUGGUGGAGGAGAAGCCGAAAGAGCAGACGGCAGCCAGAGAAGAGAAACAGCUCCCCCCUCUGCCAGAGCCCAAGCCUGUGUACGCCCAACCCGGCCAGCCUGACGUGGACCUGCCUGUCAGUCCGGCAGACGCCCCAGUGCCCAGCGUCACGCACGAUGACAGCAUCUUACGGCCGAGCAUGAAGCUGGUGAAGUUUAAGAAGGGCGAGAGCGUGGGGUUGAGACUCGCUGGAGGGAAUGACGUUGGGAUAUUUGUGGCGGGAGUUUUGGAGGACAGUCCUGCUGCUAAAGAGGGCCUGGAGGAGGGAGACCAGAUUCUCAGGGUAAACAAUGUGGAUUUUGCAAACAUCAUCCGCGAGGAGGCAGUGCUGUUUCUGCUGGACCUGCCCAAAGGAGAGGAGGUCACCAUCCUGGCCCAGAAAAAGAAAGAUGUGUAUCGGCGCAUUGUAGAGUCUGACGUAGGUGACUCAUUCUACAUCAGGACCCAUUUUGAGUACGAGAAGGAGUCGCCCUACGGUCUGAGCUUCAAUAAGGGCGAGGUCUUCAGAGUGGUCGACACUCUUUACAACGGCAAACUGGGCUCUUGGCUCGCCAUCCGCAUCGGCAAGAACCACCAAGAGGUGGAGCGGGGCAUCAUCCCCAACAAGAAUAGGGCUGAGCAGUUAUCGAGUGUCCAAUACACUCUCCCAAAGACUCCAGGAGGGGAUCGGGCUGAUUUCUGGAGAUUCAGAGGCCUCCGUAGCUCCAAACGCAACCUGAGGAAGAGCAGAGAGGACCUUUCUGCUCAACCCGUCCAAACAAAGUUCUCCGCUUAUGAAAGAGUGGUGCUUCGAGAAGCUGGUUUCUUGAGGCCCGUGGUCAUUUUUGGGCCUAUUGCGGAUGUUGCAAGAGAGAAACUGUCCAGAGAGGGACCUGACCUCUUUGAGCUUGCAAAGAGUGAACCCAGAGAUGCAGGCACAGACCAGCGCAGCUCUGGAAUCAUCCGUCUCCAUACCAUUAAACAGAUCAUUGACCGAGACAAGCAUGCUGUGCUGGACAUCACCCCCAACGCGGUGGAUCGUCUGAAUUACGCCCAGUGGUACCCCAUUGUGGUGUUCCUGAAUCCCGACAGCAAGCAGGGUGUCAAGAACAUGAGGACCAGGCUCUGUCCCGAGUCCAGGAAGAGCGCCCGGAAACUGUAUGAGCGUGCUCUCAAACUGAGAAAGAACAACCAUCACCUCUUCACCACCACUAUCAACUUAAACAACAUGAACGAGGGCUGGUAUGGCGCUUUGAAAGAGACCAUCCAGCAGCAGCAGAACCAGUUGGUCUGGGUCUCAGAGGGCAAGGCAGAUGGCGCUCCUGACGAUGACCUUGACAUCCACGACGACCGCCUCUCCUACCUCUCGGCACCGGGCAGUGAGUACAGCAUGUACAGCACCGACAGCCGACACACUUCUGACUACGAGGACACCGAUACGGAGGGCGGGGCCUACACCGACCAGGAGCUGGAUGAGACCAUGAACGACGAGGUGGGCCUGCCCAGCGAGCCUGCCAUCACACGCUCAUCCGAACCUGUCCGAGAGGACCCGCCGGUCAUCCAGGACGCAGCUGGGUACCCGAGCUACCAGCAUGCUGUGCCACAACUGGAGCCGGUGAACCGCAUCGACCCGGCCGGGUUUAAGAUGGCAGCUCCUCAGCAGCAAACAGAGGCAGCUCUGGCCUCGCCGCCCCCUCCCUCUGCAGCGACAGCAGCGCCCCCUGCUGUACAACCCACCGCGCCAAUAGUGGGUACGAACCCAGAGGAGCCGACUGGCACCCCUCAGGCCAACUCCCUUAACAGCCCCGUCCCCGUUCCCGACCCCCAGCCUGACCCUGAGCUCGCUCAGCCCCCAACACACGACCCCCACAAGUUGCUUCCUCCUGGCCCAGAUCCAAAGAUGUAUAAAAAGGAUCUGUACAGCGUGGAUGAGCCGGUGCGAGUGAACCACGGCGUGAAGCCUCCCCUUCCCCAGCAGCCGCAGCAGUCUUUAGCCCCCCCCACCUCGCUCUCCUACAGCCACCAGCCUGUCUACCAGGACCAACAGCCAUACCGCCAGUACGAACACCCGCCUUAUGGCUAUGACGGUGGCGGCUACGCACAACCAAAGCCUCACAAUUAUGACCCGCACCUGCACUACGACAACCGUGUGCCUCACUACAACGAGCAGUGGCCCCCUUACGACCAGCAGCAGACUUCACCCCAACCACCCCCUGCGCCCGGCUACCCUCAGGCCCACCACCCUCCUCCUCCUCCACUGGGGUACGAACCCCGCUCUCCAUACCAGGACGGCCCAACCAGGGAUUUCAGCCCGCCUCAGUCCCAAUACGAUGGCGUGUCCCCAAUGAGUUAUGAUAACCGUCCACGGCACACUAAACCUGCUCCUGCUCGCUACGAAGAGCCGCCUCCUCCGCCCCAUUCAGUCUCCUACGACGCCCGCUCACCCUUCGAGUCCCAUCCACAUGGGUUCCCAGGCAAUGCGCAUCGCUCCCCUGAUCCGCCCAAGCAGUAUUACGGCGACGCUGCAAUGAGACCCUCCUACAACCCUGGAGCGCCGAACCGAGGGUAUAAACCAACGCCACACGAGCCCGUGAUGAACUCUGAACCUCCCGCUCCGCCUCCCAAACCUGAGGCCAUCUCGUCUUCAGGAGAUCCUCCUCACCCUGCAACUCCCAAACCAUUGCCGCCUCCCGCCAGGGAUGAUGACGAUGAUGAAGACCCUGCCAUGAAGCCACAGUCUGUGCUCAACCGGGUCAAAAUGUUCGAGAACAAGCGCUCCGUGUCUGUUGACCGAGCCAAGGAUACGCCAGAAGUAGCAGGAAUUAAGCCCACAGAUCUCCCAAAACCUGUGAGCACACCUGGUCCUGUGCUUAAAGCCAACUCUCUCAGCAACCUGGAGCAGGAGAAACCCUCUUACAGCAUCAUUCCUCCGGUCUUCAUCGUCACAUGGUCCUUCAGAAAUCAUUCUGAUAUACUGAUUUGUUGA